GUGGGCUGGGCCUGGGCAGUUUCGAAGCGUGCCUUAUCACGGAGGAGCUGGCUUACGGCUGCACGGGGGUUCAAACUGCCAUUGAGGCAAACUCCCUGGGGCAAAUGCCAGUUAUCAUUGCAGGAAAUGAUCAUCAGCAGAAAAAAUACUUAGGAAGAAUGACAGAGGAACCAUUGAUGUGUGCCUACUGUGUAACAGAGCCUGGAGCAGGCUCUGAUGUGGCUGGUAUAAAAACAAAGGCUGAGAAGAAAGGAGAUGAGUAUAUUAUUAAUGGCCAGAAGAUGUGGAUCACGAAUGGGGGGAAAGCAAACUGGUAUUUCCUGCUGGCACGUACCAAUCCAGAUCCAAAAGUUCCUGCAGGCAAAGCCUUUACUGGAUUCAUUGUGGAAGCAGAUAGCCCUGGGAUCCAGAUUGGAAGAAAGGAAAUGAACAUGGGCCAACGCUGCUCAGAUACACGAGGUAUUGUCUUUGAGGACGUGAGGGUCCCAAAGGAGAACGUGCUCAUAGCUGAAGGCGCCGGCUUCAAAAUCGCAAUGGGAGCCUUCGAUAAGACCAGACCUCCUGUGGCAGCUGGUGCUGUUGGAUUAGCAAAGAGGGCCCUUGAUGAGGCUACUAGAUAUGCUUUGGAGAGGAAAACCUUUGGGAAAGCAAUUGCUGAGCACCAAGCAGUGUCCUUCUUGCUUGCUGAAAUGGCAAUGAAAGUGGAGCUUGCCAGGAUGGCUUACCAGAGAGCUGCCUGGGAAGUUGAUGCUGGGCGCAGGAACACCUACUAUGCUUCCAUUGCAAAGGCAUUUGCUGGUGACAUUGCAAACCAAGUAGCUGCAGAUGCAGUACAGAUUUUUGGAGGAAAUGGAUUUAAUACUGAAUAUCCUGUAGAAAAACUAAUGAGAGAUGCUAAAAUCUACCAGAUUUAUGAGGGAACUGCUCAGAUUCAAAGGAUGAUUAUAGCUCGUGAACAUAUUGGCAAAUACAAGGAUUAAAGAAAUAGAUAAAGUGUGUUCGGUGCUGGUGCAGUAUCCUGUGUUCUCAUGGAAAAGGAUCUGAGUGCAUUUCUCAACAGAAUUAAAAAGACAUCAAGAAAAAAACAACCCUUCAAGAUAUUUUUAUCGUGUUCAUUAUUAAGCACUGAUUCUGUUCUC